AUGAUCUUUGAUGCCCUGUUCGGAGGUGCUUUGACCAUACUCGUUGAGCAAACGAACAUAUACGCCAAAGAAACCAAAAAGAAAGCUUGGCAGGAUACCGCAGCUGAAGAAAUGAAAGGAUUCCUAGAUAUUCUCAUCAGAAUGGGCAUUCUUCAACUUCAAAACAGACGGGACUACUGGUCCACGGACAGCGACCUCGGAGUGGCAUCAGUUAGCCCAGUGAUGCCAAGAGCACGACUUUUUCAGCUUCUUCGAUCACUGCAUGCCAACGACAACAAGACAGCGACUAGAAAAGGAGACGUCGGCCAUGUCCCUUUGCACAAACUUCGACCUCUUAUCACAGAGCUCUCCGAAACAUUCAGAGCUAGCUACCAGCCAUCUGCAUACCACUCAAUUGAUGAGAGUAUGAUUCUGUUCAAAGGAAGGAAGUCAUUCAAACAGUACAUGCCCAUGAAGCCUAUCAAAUGUGGGUUCAAAGUAUGGGUGCUUGCUGAUGCUACAACUGGCUUUAUUAACCAGUUCGAAGUCUACACGGGCAAAGAGGGCGAUGGCGGUGGGCUCGGCUACAGGGUAAUCCAGAAAUUCACUGAGGAACUUGUCGGGACGGAGUGUCUGGUAGUGUUCGACAACUUUUUUAGUUCACCCGAACUCAUGCAGGACCUGUUUGACCACGGGAUAUAUGCCGUGGGAACUGUCCGUGCACAAAGAAAAGGUCUUCCUGAUGUUGUGAAGAACAAAAAGAAAAUCAAUGAAGGCGACCACAACUACAAGGUGAAGGGAAAUGUUGCUGCGAUCCAGUGGCAAGACAAGCGGCUAGCCAACGUAGUAACAACAGACCACGAUCCUUCAGAGACGUCACUAAAGCAAAAUGAGGGGGAAAGCGUCGCGGACUACCUGGCCGAAUUACGGAGAAUCGCAGACCACUGCGGUUUUGGGGACGCUCUAGACAACAACCUAAGGGACCGAUUUGUCAUCGGACGGUGCGAGAAGACGGUGCAGAGGAUCCUCCUGGCGAAACCAAAGAAACUUACGCUCAAAGAGGCGCUGGACACAGUGUUGGCGGCGGAGUUAGCAAUGCGGAACGCCGACCGGCUUCCUGGCUCAAGUUCGCUACCCACUACUGCGGGGGACGUGAAUGCCUUGCGGUUUAAGAAGCACAAGGGACGUCAGCAGGAAACGUCUCGGACGAAGACUGCGCAGCCCUGCAUUCGUUGCGGAGACAGCUCUCAUGACCAGCCAAACUGUCCACACAAGAAAACGACGUGCUUCACGUGUAACAAGCAGGGAGAUUUGGCGAGCCGGUGCUUUCGCACUCAGUCGACACCGGCGGUCAACCGAAAGAAGCAGCAGGCCAACCUGCUCACGGAAGAAGCACAGCUAGGACAGGCAGAGGAGGCUUUCCACUUGUUCACAGUGCACACUCCAAAAGCUACGGUUGAUUCAGUCAACGAAGUGCUCCAGUGGGGAACAGUAGAAGUGACCAUGCAGGUUGACACUGGCUCCCCCGUGUGCAUGAUUUCUAGGGACACAUACUCCAAGAAUGAUAAUGUCUGGCCACCCCUACAGGAAACUACCAAGGAGCUCCACUGCUACCUGGGGAAACUACCAGUGCUGGGAGUCCUGGCGAUGCCAGUAAGGCAUGGAAACAAACAAGUGCAAGGACAACUGUACAUUGUGGAUUGUACGGGUCUAUCCUUCUGUGGUCGAGACGUCAUCUAA